CGUCGCUAGAUACAUCGCCCCAUAAAAGGUUGCCUUUCCUUAUUUACAUAUUAUUCCCUCCUAUUUGUGAGAAAAUUAAACUAUGGAGCCUUCCCCUUUCCAGUUCCUUCUCUGCUCUCUCCUCUUCGUUCUCCUCCGCACCCCCACAUCCCAAUCCCAAUCCAAAUCCCAAUCCCAACCCUACUCCAUCUUCCACAACUGCUCCGCAAACUUCACGGUGAACAACGCCUUCCAGUCGAACCUCAAGCAGCUGCUGUCCACCCUCCCCGCCGCAACCGCGCCGUCCGGCUUCUACAACACCACAGUCGGCCAAAACGGCGGCGGCGAUGGCGAAGUCUACGGCCUCGCCUUAUGCCGCGGCGACGUCUCCUCCCCCGACUGCAACACUUGUUUGAAUUCCGCCGCGGAAUACGCCGUCGCGGAGUGCCCGCGCAGCGCGUCGAACACCGUGUGGAACGACACCUGCAUGCUGCGCUACUCCAACAGCAGCUUCUUCGGCGUCGUCGACUGGGCCCAGGACUUCGCGUGGAACCUGAACAACGUCACGGAUGUGAAGCUGUUCGACACCCGGCUCUUUUCGCUGAUGAAUAACUUGACCAGAGAAGCGGCCUACGGGUCGGGGCGGCCGCCGCUGUUCGCGACGGGGCAGGUCGAGUACAUCAACUUCACAAACAUAUACGGGCUGGUGCAGUGCACGAGGGAUCUGUCGCCGGCCGACUGCGACGGGUGCUUGACGAACUGCGUCAAGAGCAUCCCGAAUUGCUGCGAGAAUCGGAUCGGCGGCAGGGUUUUCGGAAAUAACUGCAACAUCCGGUUCGAGUCGGCUCCGUUUUAUAAUUCGUCGGCCAUCGGGAGCACUCCGGCGACGCCGCCACCGCCGCCUCCGCCGGCAGGGUCGGACCGAAGUGGAGGAAUUAGUGGAACUACAAAGACACUUAUUAUUGUUACCAUUUCGGUGGUUGCUGCUGCGUUGUUGCUCCUCUUUGUUAUCUAUCUCUGCCAAAGGAAACAAAGAAAACAAGCUAAAGAUCCUUUGCUCCACGGAGGAGAUGAGCAGGAAAUUAUAAGCGUGGAAUCUCUGUUGCUCGAUUUGGCCACGAUAAAAGCCGCCACAAACAACUUCUCUGAAGAAAAUAAGUUAGGAGAAGGUGGAUUUGGACCAGUGUAUAAGGGGAUAUUGCAAGAUGGGCAAGAAAUAGCAGUGAAGAGGCUCUCAGUGAGCUCAGCACAGGGGCUUGAUGAGCUGAAAAAUGAGGUGGUGCUUGUGGCGAAGCUUCAGCACAAGAAUCUGGUGAGGCUAAUUGGUUGCUGCAUAGAAGAGCAAGAAAGGCUUCUUGUUUAUGAGUACCUCCCCAACACAAGCCUUGAUAAGUUUCUCUUUGUUCCUGCGAGGCGCGAACAAUUAGAUUGGGGAACACGGUACAAGAUCAUCGAAGGGAUUAGUCGAGGUCUUCUCUAUCUCCAUGAAGAUUCGAGGCUAAAGAUCGUUCAUCGCGAUCUGAAAGCGAGUAACAUCUUGUUGGAUGCUUUUAUGACCCCUAAAAUCUCCGAUUUUGGUCUCGCAAAGCUCUUCGAUGUCGACGCGAGCGAAGGAAACACGAGUCGGAUUGCAGGAACAUACGGAUACAUGCCACCAGAGUAUGUAAUUCAUGGACACUUCUCAACGAAGUCAGAUGUCUUUGCUUAUGGAGUGUUGGUUUUGGAGAUUGUGACUGGACAAAGAAAUGCUCGCCCUCAAGAAUCUAUCCCUUCGGAAAGCCUUCUAUCAUAUGUGUGGAAGCACUGGACCGAAGGGACUGCGCACGAGGUGCUCGACCCGAGCCUCACAGGGCAGUGCCGGUCGCAGGACGUGCUGAGAUGCAUCCACAUUGGGCUGUUGUGCGUCCAGGAGGACCCGUCGGACCGGCCGAGCAUGGGGUCCAUCGUGCUCAUGCUCAGCAGCCACUCCGUCACCCUCCCCGCCCCGUCGACCCCCGCUUUCGUCAUCCGGCACAGCUCAACUGCAGAAAACACAGAGGAGAUCGAGACCGAUGCAUCCGGCGGGCUGCAACAGAAGGCGACCCGUGCAGCAUCGGUGAACACCGUAACCAUUUCGGAAUUCGAGCCACGGUAGUGUCUCGGAGCUGGGGAAUAUUGAUAUGAAUAUACUUAAUUCGAGUAGUAGAAGAGUGUGAUUUUCUUCAUUGCCGAAUAAGCAGCAAAGGUGCUGCGAAUUUAGAUUUACACAAGUUUGCUCAUUUUAGUAAAUUUCCUUCUUUCAAAUGCAUUGGCAACAACAUUUUAUUC